AUUGUACAACACACACACACACACACACACACACACACACACACACAUAUUCCUUGACGGAUACACACACGCAUACACGUAUACAUACAUACAUUUCUUUUGUCACUUACUUACGACGGAUUACAUUACGACGACUACGACGGAACGGAUGAGAAGACUUUUGCAUCACAACGAACGGACGGCUACGAGCUACGAGCUACGACGGGACGAACAUUUGAGAGGGAAUUACAUCAACGGAGCGGAGGAGGACGGGGGGAAACAGCAUAUACACCGGAGAAGGAACAAACGAACAACGUAUGGAUGGAUAUCAUUGCAUUGGGGGGAAUUACAUCAACGGAGCGGAGGAGGACGGGGGGAAACAGCAUAUACACUGGAGAAGGAACAAACGAACAACGUAUGGAUGGAUAUCAUUGCAUUGGGGGGAAUUGCAUCAACGGAGCGGAGGAGGACGGACAGCAUCGGACGGCAGAUACACCGGAGAAGGAACAAACAAACAACACAUGGAUGGAUUUCCAUUGCAUUGGGGGAUGGAGCAUGGAGUAUGGGGGGGAAGAUCAUUUUCGGGUAUUGUCGGGCAUUUUGGGGCAGCAUUUACAUUUGCAUUUACAUUUCAGGAGUUUCUGGAGUUUUGUUUAUUUUUGUUUAUACUCAUGGACCUUCCCCGCCAUCGCGCGGGGAGAGACUGUAUUAUUAUCGUGACUAACCAACUAACGGCUUUGAAGAAAAAAAACACGAAAUAUAAUGUCUUAUAAGAAUACAAGAGCGAUCGGUCUACGAACCGGAAAAUAACUUGAUCUACUAUCUACCUGCAUACCUACCUGCCGAAAGGCCGAAAGGCAGGAAGGUCGAAAGCAUGUGAAGAUUGAGGUGGAGCAAGUGCGCACGCUAUUAAUACAGACUAUUUGGGGCGCUCAAAUUGGCAGACAGAGCAAAGUGAGCAAAGUGCGGAAGGGAAGACAAAAGAAAGAACUGUGCAAAGGCAGCCCUCGCGCA